CUUGCGUGCGCCGACGAAGCCAGAUAUCAAAUGUGCAUCCAUUAUGCAACGAGCUAUUGGAUAAUGCAGGUGACAGUGCAAGAAUAAUUCUCCAGGAUGUUCGUUACGGCGAUGUUGCUGCUGAUCCUCCUGAUGCUGCUUUUGUAUCUGGACUGCCGGAAGCCGAGAGGAUAUCCGCCAGGCCCGAGAUGGUGGCCCAUCUUGGGAAGCAUACUGGAAAUAGCGCGGAUCCGCCAAGAAGCCAAAUAUCUCACCAAAAGUUGCUUGACGCUCUGCGAGAAAUACGGGCCGGUGGUGGGUCUGAAGCUCGGCAAGGACCGCAUCGUCGUCUUGAACGACCUGGAGAGCGUCCAGGCGAUGCUGAGCGACGAGAAUUGCGACGGCAGGCCGACCGGGCCUCUUUUCGAGGUCAGGACUUUCGGCCGCAGGCAAGGUCUCCUCGUGGUGGACGGCCGACUGUGGACGGAACAACGGAGAUUCGUGAUGCGGCAUCUCCGCGACUUCGGCUUCGGUCGCAACACCAUGGCCGCGAUCAUCGAAUACGAGGCCCGGAAGCUGGUGAAGCACUUCGAGAGGCUGCUGCAGGGCUGCGACCACGACCACCGCCGGGGGAUCACCGGAGACCAGCGUUUACCGAUGAAUCGAAAAUCUAAGGCAAACACUGCCGGAGACCAAGCCCGAAGACCGGCGGUGAACAGUGACAACAACGCCGGACAGAUAUACAAGCUGCAGAAGGAGCCGGGCGAUCUGAAGAAGGAGCAGUGGAGUCCGUACGAGGAGUCCAACGUGGCCGAGAACGAUGCCGUUGGGAAGCGCGCCUCGACGGUGGCGGACUUGUACGUGAAGGCCGACGACUACGCCGAGGUCCGGAGAGUCGCUCAAUCGGCGGGAGUGGUCGUCUUCAUGCACAACGCCUUCGGCGUGACCGUGUUGAACACCUUGUGGAGAAUGAUGGCUGGCAAAAGGUACGAUACCAACGACAAGGAACUCACGCAUCUACAGAGGAUCUUCGCGAAGCUCCUGGAGGAAGUCGAUAUGAUCGGCGCGCCUUUCAGCCAUUUUCCGGCGCUACGCUACGUCGCGCCGGAAAUAUCCGGCUACAAGUCGUACUUGGAAACGCAUCAGGAGCUGUGGGCAUUUUUGAAAGAGGAACUGUACAAUCACAAAAACACAUUCGUGCCGAGCGAGCCGCGCGAUCUGAUGGACGUCUACCUCGCUGUGCUGCACUCGAAGGAUCAUAGCGACACAUUCUCAGAAAGCCAGCUCUUAGCGAUCUGCGUGGAUCUCUUCGUGGCGGGCUCGGAAACAACUUCGAAGUCGCUCGCCUUUGGUUUCAUGUACCUGGUGCUGCACCCGGAAGUUCAGAGGAAGGCACAGAAGGAAAUAGACAGAGUCGUCGGUCGUAACAGAUUGCCCACGUUGGCCGAUCGACCGAGUAUGCCAUACAUCCAAGCGACCGUCCUGGAAUUCUUAAGGAUGUUCAUAGGGCGUUCACUGAGCGUGCCGCGUCGAUCGUUGAAGGACACCUUUAUCAAAGGCUACAAAAUACCCAAAGACACGAUGCUUGUGCUGAAUUUCAACAGUAUAUGCAUGGACAAGUCCUGGGGCGACCCGGAAAAUUUCCGGCCGGAGAGGUUCCUCGAUGGUGACGGCAGUGUCUUCAUGCCGAAAAAUUACUUCCCCUUCAGCAUGGGCAGACAUCGUUGCAUGGGCGAGGCAUUGGCCAAGAGCAACAUCUUCCUCAUAACGGCGACUCUGCUGCAGGCCUUCAACUUCUCCGUCGCACCGGGCGAUCCACGACCGUCCGCGCAGGACUACGUGGACGGCGUCACGCCUGCUCCUGCUCCGUACAGGGCGUUGAUCUCUCCGAGAGCGUGAUCUCUCUCGAAUGAAAGCUGCUCUUCUUGAAACGAACGGCUUCUGUGCACGCAAUCUGUUCGUCGCCGGUUCAGUUCGUUCUCUGGUCGGAAUCACGUAACAAUAGGAUCACCUUUUUUUUUGUACUCCUACUAGCGAAUUGCAUUUUGCAAAGACUGUAAGAGAUAACAGAGCGUAUAACAUCGACGCACAUUGUAGAAUUUUCAUAUCAUAUACGCUUCGUCAGAAAAAUAUAUAUUUUUUAAUAUCAUUGUAUGUAUAUGUAGGAGCA